UGACGUUGAAACGUAAUGUUUCAAGGUGUUGCCAAUGAGUUUCCUGUGAGUAAGAGACACGAACGAGGCAUGCAUUCAGUAGCGAAGUGCGCACGGCUAGAGGAAGGAGGGCAGCCCGCUUCCAGCAACGAUUUCUCACGCACGUGUCAUCCGAACCGCCAAAAUCACCCCCAAGACAAGGAUGCAGCAACCAAAUCAGGAUACAGGUUCCAGAAUCCACACCCAACCAGACUGAAGGAUAUUCAAAAUAGUUUUUGGAAAGAGAUGAUAUUCCUGAAACUCAGCGUUGCACAUUCUAAGACAAUGGUGGAAUAGAAUUGUCUAAUUGACUUGCAAAACUUAUUACUGCCUUGAGGAGAGAGCAGCGAUGGAGGCAAUAGACUGCAAUUCAAACGAAAAUGGACUACAAACUCUACCAUCAAUUUGUCCAACGUUUGACUCGUUCCAAGUGAUUCACAAGACAACUAUCUGAUCCUGAACGAGUAUCAAACCGCAAUUGCUCAAGGAUGGACCAGGUAGACCAAGUGGGAGGAGCCCAGAGCAGUGUUGAAUGAACUACGAUAUGAGAAACCGGAAAUAGAUUAAUAAAAGAACUAAAAAACCUUGUA